CAAAUAUCUUUUCUUCAGCCUCACGCCUCCAUCAUACCUCUACCCCUCUCUCUCUCUCUCUACUUCUCACUUCAAAUCUCUUAAAAACUCUGUUUUUUUCUUUUUCUUUUUUCUUUAUCCAACUCUCUCUCUCUAAAAGUCUGUUCCGUUGUAAACAUUUAUAAACAUCACAGCACAGCUUGAUUCGCUUCUCAUUGACUCUAUCUCUAAGCUUCGCUUGACACCCUUUUUGGGCCUUUUUCAGCUCUCUCCGCAUUUUCUUUUGAAAUUCCCGCUCAAGAGUAAAAAUUUUCUCGGGGAAACAGAGUGAAAACAGGGGGAGUGAAAAAGAAAAACAGGUGGUUGGGGGUUCAAUUUUUUCUUGGUCUUUUUUUUGUUUUCUUUGCUGCUCGGGGCCUUCCUACAUGGGAUCUUGCAAAGAAGAAGAAGAAAAGCAGUCGAGGUGCGUGCGCGUUCAUGGGCCUAUCAUUGUUGGUGCAGGGCCUUCUGGUCUAGCAGCUUCAGCUUGCCUCUCUGAACUUGGAGUUCCUUCACUGAUUCUCGAGAGAAGUGACUGUAUAGCUUCUUUAUGGCAACAAAGAACCUAUGAUCGUCUCAAACUCCACCUUCCCAAACAGUUUUGUGAACUCCCACUGUAUCGCUUCCCUGAAGAUUUUCCCAAGUACCCAACAAAGCAGCAGUUCAUAUCAUACAUGGAGUCUUAUGCUUCCCACUUUUCAAUCCACCCCAGGUUCAAACAACAAGUUCAAAGAGCUUAUUUUGAUCCAAGCUGCAAGCUAUGGAAGGUUCAAACUCAGGAUUUUGAGUACAUCUCUCGCUGGCUUAUUGUUGCCACUGGCGAAAAUGCUGAACCUCUAAUACCUGAAAUUUUGGGCCUUGAGAGGUUCCGUGGACGGGUUGUUCAUACCAGUGUGUAUAAGUCCGGGUCUGAUUUCAGAAACCAGAGGGUUUUGGUUGUUGGUUGCGGCAAUUCCGGCAUGGAAGUGAGCUUGGACCUCUGUAGAUAUAAUGCUAGCCCUCAUAUCGUGGUUAGAAACACUGUGCAUGUUCUACCUAGAGAGAUGUUUGGCUUGUCAACAUUUGGAGUAGCCAUGGCACUUCUCAAAUGGCUUCCACUGAGACUAGUAGACAAGUUCCUCUUACUGGUAGCCAACUUCACCCUGGGCAACACCGACCACUUAGGCCUCCGGAGGCCCAAAACCGGACCAAUUGAGCUCAAAAAUGCCACCGGAAAAACCCCAGUACUGGAUGUAGGAGCCCUCUCGCAGAUAAAAUCCGGCAAAAUCAAGGUGAUGGAAGGCGUGAGAGAGAUAACAAGAAAUGGAGCCAAGUUUCUGGACGGUCAGGAAAAAGAAUUCCAUUCAAUAAUCUUAGCAACAGGGUACAAGAGCAAUGUUCCAAGUUGGCUAAAGAGUGGCGACUUUUUCACACAAGAUGGGGGGAUGCCCAAAACGCCAUUUCCUAACGGUUGGAAGGGAGGGGAUGGAUUGUACACAGUUGGGUUUACGAGAAGGGGGCUCCUGGGAACGGCGUUCGACGCAGUUAAUAUCGCCCGGGACAUAGCUGAGCAGUGGAGGACAUCUAAUGACACCAACAAUAUUUGUAAUACCCAUGUUAUCCUUAGAAGAAAACCAUAGCAAAAAUCAUUAUUAAAGAGGAAAAAAAAAACAAAAAGGAAAAUUAGAAAUUGGGUUGGGUUAGUUUGGGAUGGUAGGGUUUAUAUGGGGUGUUUCAUUCUUCACCAAGCAGGAGAAUUUCCACCUUUUCUUUUUUUACCCUCUUGUAAAUUUUACCAAUUUUGCAUGGGGUUUUUACCUCUCUCUCUCCUCCUCUCAUGUAUGUUUUUUCCCUUAGCAUCUGUAUAAAGCAAUUUUAUGAAUAGAAUCUUUCGUCUUAGAGAA